AUGAGCCGACUCGGCUUCCCGGCAUCGUUUGUUCAUCUCACCUCGGCUCUUCACACGGGUACAAGAAGCCAAUUUAUCGUAAACGGCUACAUGUCCGAUCCUCUUGAUGUCGGGUGUGGUAUACGCCAGGGUUGCCCGCUGGCACCCUUGCUUUUUAUCAUUGCGGUGGAACCUCUUUACGAGAUACUACAUAGCACGGUGAAGGGUGUUCGGAUCGCAAACACGUCGGAGACACUGGAGAUCAAGGUAUGCGGGUACGGGGAUGAUACUGCUGUGUACGUUCAGUCCCCGGAGGAAUUGUCUGUGGUCAUGCGGACUCUAAUGCGAUUUGGGGCGGCUUCUGGGCUGGUCAUUAAUGCUUCGAAGUCUGUGGGCGGUUCCUCUGUGUGCCGGUGUGAGCAUUGA